AUGGCUGUAGAGAAGACAUCACAAGAUCCUCCCAAAGUGGCCUCUAUCGAUGAGGAUGAAGCAUGGAUGGACGCUGAUGAAGAAGAAGUAGAAAGAGCAAUAGGCGAGAUUCACAAAGGUCGUCUUCAAUCUUCUGCACGCUCUUCCAAAGACGGAAGAAGAUCCUCAGUGAUACAGAAUGUUCGCCGUGGCUCCGUCAUUAUGAUGGAAGCUAUCGGCAAGAAGAAAGACUGGGUGAAGGAAGGAAUUUCGAAGCUAAUGGGGGAAGACUAUUCCAAGCGAGAAGCAGCAUUUGUUCUCUUUGUCGGAGCUCUAAUUGCCUUUAACAAUGGAUACGUCAAUGGAGCCUGUCUUUCUGGUCUCGUUUCGCCCAACAACACCAAGAAAAGUAUUGCUGGAUUCACAAGCAAGUACACUCGCUCUGCAGUAUACCUCGCGGACAAUGAAUUCGAAGAAGUGGGCGCACAAGUUAGUCUCAUUGCAAGCUACUUUUUGGGUUCGUUCUUGUCGGGAUUAUUGACGCCCAACGCAACUCCCUACAGACUUGAGCCUACCUACGGUCCAACCUUUUUGAUUGGCGGUCUCUUUCUCACCGCAGCGAGUAUUCUGUCUGCAAAAGGAAAAGGAGAUCCCUAUAUCUUUUGCCUGGCAGCGGCAGCUGCGGGUAUUCAGAACGGUAUUGCCUCCAUCUUCAGUUCCAAUCUGAUUCGGUGUUCAUUGACAGGAUCGACAACAGAUAUGGCCAUUACUCUUGGGCAAGUCAUAAGGGGCAACCGAACGAAAGUAUGGAAAGCCAUGGUCCUCUUGCUGCUUGUGAUUGCUUUCUGGUUGGGCGGAUUGAUCUCCUUUUACGCAACGAGACACUUUCGAAAUUAUUCUCUUUACUUCAGCGCUGGUCUUUUCUUUUUCAUCGGAGUUUCCCUAGUGAUGUUCCUUGUGAAAGAACAUAGUGUGUCUGUGAAGGACGCAAUUCUGGGAACCUGGGAGAUCACCCAGAGCAUGCGGCAUAAAAUGGAAUGGCCGCUGAAACCAGAUCAUCACCAUAAAAAUUCUGAUGUUUCUAAAGUGUGA